AGUAUUUCAAACUGGGCCUUAAAUACAGUGAAAUAAUUAAAUGUUUGGAUGAAUUACAUGGAUAUAACAUAGGAAUUCGUACACUCAAAAGAAUAACAAAGAAUUUGGGACUUUACCGACGGAAAUAUAAGAGUGAUAUUCUUCAGAUAGCGUUAUUUAUACUUGAACAAUGUGAAAUGCAUGGCCAAAUGCACGGAUAUCGUUGGUUGCACUUAAAGUGUCUUGAAAGGGGAUUUGUUGUUGACCAAGACACAGUCCUCGGGUUGUUGCAUAUUAUAGAUCCAGAAGGUGUUGAGUACAGAAAAAAGAGAAGACUCAGAAGACGGGUAUACUCUGUUAAAGGUCCAAACUCAGUCUGGCAUAUCGACGGAUACGAUAAACUUUCAAGGUAUGGAAUAAAAAUCCAUGGUUGUAUUGAUGGAUUUUCACGUCAAAUUAUUUGGUUGAAAGCUGGUGGGUCUAAUAAAAAUCCAAAUAUUAUUGCUCACUAUUACAUAGAGAGUAUCAGGAAAUAUGGGGUAUGCCCAAGACGUGUAAGAGCUGAUAUGGGAACCGAAAACGUUUACAUUGAAACAAUUCAUAAGUUUCUCCGACGAAACCACGAAGAUGAACAUGCUGGAGAAAGAAGUUUUUUGUACGGUAAAAGCAUAAAUAACCAAAGAAUUGAGAGUUUAUGGGGAAUGAUACGACGACAGGGAAUUCAGUUCUGGAUGAUUUUUUUUCAAGAGCUUACUGAAAGUGGUUUCCAUGACGGAGAAUAUUUAGACCAAGAAAUAUCUCGCUUUUGUUUUCUACAACAAGUACAGGACACUUUAGACGACAUAAGUUCUAUCUGGAACCGUCACAGGAUUAGGCGAUACAGACAAGGAAUAAGCAGAUGUGGUAGACCAUUUCUUCUACAUCAUAUGCCGAGCGCAUUUGAUACCGUGGAUUAUGGUAUUGAAAUAAACGAAAAUGAAGUAAAUAUUUGUGAAAGUGAAUUACAGCCAAUGCCAGAAAUGCCAUGCUCUACAUUAAUUAAAGAUUUAUGUGUGUGUAUAAUGGAAGAAAACAAUUUUGCAUUGCCCCAAGACCCAGAAAGCAUGCAAAAUUUGUUUAUUUUUCUCAGAGAGGAUAUCAGAAGCAAUUUAUGACUGCAAUUGUAACGCUGUGCUUGUAUACAAUAUGUAUAUUUGAUAAAUAAUAUAAAUUCUCUUUUUUCUUUUAUAGCCUAGAUACAUGUCGUUUAUUGGAUGCAGCUGUAUA